GUUAGUUGGACUCAAAAAUUUGGCCACGCCUUACGCCCAGUAUGCAUUUGAGUCACUUAAGCUCUUAUCAAGUAAAACAAACUAUGUUCUAAUCAAUUGAUCCCGGCGCAUGAUAACGUUGAGGCAAUUUAUGGGAAACGAUCUUUGCAACUGGAAAUCAGAUUCAACUUGAAAGCAGAAGUAAGAAACCUAGAAGUAUUCAAAUUAAUUAAUUAUCGAUAUGGUGAACGUUCCUGCACCUGAUGCGUUUGUACCGGUAGCCAAAGUCACUGGCCCUUUCCCGCUGCAGGGAAUUACCCUACCGGCCUGGCAGAAUUGCAAUCUGAUGAGUCAGGCUCUUAAGGACCAUAUAAAGGUUCAUUCGAUAACAGUCGAGGAGGCGGUGGCCGCCGGAGAGAAUUAUGGUUCAACCGUCUCGCAAAUCAAACUGGACACCAACUUAGGGCCCAUUUCCCUAUUUGUGAAAACGCUGCCGCAGACCGAGGGCGCUAAGUUUUUGACAGAGUUUGGAAUUUUUAAGAAAGAGAUCAACAUGUAUACAAAAACACUUCCACUGAUCCGAUCUACGUUCCAUAAGCCAAACUUCCCGAUUUGCAUUUACCAUGAGCUCAAUGGAACGACAGACACGCUGAUUUUGAAAAACCUCACUACCGAGGGAUACAGAACUAGAGCGCGCCGUCUUGGACUUGACCUUGACCACUGCCGUCUGGCGUUGUCUGAAUUGGCUCAUUUGCAUGGACAUUCAAUUGCAAUUCGUAUCAAGGAGCCAGAAAAGUUCAACGAAUGCAUUGCACAGGAAUAUGCUGACACAAUGUAUGAAGAAAGCAAACGCAGCGUUACGGCGCCCUUUUGGGAAAACUCACUGAGGGGAAUUGGCGAAGCAAUUUGCCAACAGUUGCCCUCCCGCUACAGGGAGUUGGGAGAAUUGACCAGGGACUUGGUGGCCAAGAAGUCCUUCGAAAUUGCCCAGAAAUACAUCCUGAUGCCUACAGACCCUGAAGAAUUAUCAAAGGCAAAGCUGUGCUUGAACCAUGGCGACUUUUGGUCCAACAACAUGCUCUUCAAAUAUGACAACGAGGAAAAGCCCAUUGCGUGCUCCAUGGUCGAUUUCCAGAUUUCUCGAUGCGCCUCUCCCGUUCUUGAUUUGCUCUACUUUUUAUUUACGAGCACCAACCAGGCCCUUCGCAGGGCGCACAUGUUUGACCUUCUAGAACACUACUUGCGCGAAGGCAAACGCGCCCUCGCCCUACGAGGGGUCACUGACCCACCUCCAUCGUACUUCUACUCAUCCGUGGACGAACUGCACAAGGACAUCCUCAGGGCGAAAGCUUGCGGAUUCUUGUUCGCUUGUGUUGUCCUGCCCAUAGUCAUCGCCGACGAGAGCCAAGUGCCGACCGAAGAGGAAAUCGGCGAAUUUGGAAACAUGCUGAAUGACCCGGAUGCCAACCCUUUUGCAAAAAUGUACUCGGGACCAGCGUUCUGCAGCAGAAUGAAAGAGCUGCUGGACGACUUCGAUGACAUGGGAUUUUUCGCGGAGUGCAAGAAAGGUCUUUUUUAAUGGUACAACAAAUACUUCAGAUAAAUUCAACGAAACAGAAGACCAUAAAUUAUAAUAAUAGCUAGUCGUUAUGUGGUUUAAAUAAACCGAAAAACAAUUAAUUUCUUUUCAAUUUAUCAACCGCUUUUGAAUAUGCCGAAACUUAUCUGAAUCUGUUUUAAAAGAUGCCCUCAUUAAUGUGCCCUAUUUCUUACUUUUCAAGUAUGUACAUACAUAAUUUUGUAUUAAAUUCGUUAAAAUCCACUUCUAAUUGUAAGUUCAAGCUAUUAUGUGUAUGUAUUGUACAUAAUCCUUCAAGCAACAGUAUUUUUAUGAAAUUGAAUUUUGAAAAGUAUAAUACUGGUUUGUUAAUCUUUUCAUAUAAAUUUAAGAAUAAAUAGAAAUUAAAAAAUG